GUUCGUCUUCCCCUGGCCUGGCCACGCCUCGUGCCCCCUCCUCUCCCAAGCCACAUCUAGGUUUUCCUAUUUCCAGUUCCAUCCGCUAGUCAAGCUAGUCAGGCCUAGUCAGUCUCUAGUCUGGUCCUCCAAACGGUCGUCAGGCCGCGCCAGUACAGUCCUGGGGCCUCAGGCACUUUCCUAGGAAGGUAGGGAUCCUCGGCAGGCCUCGGAAAGUCGCGCCGGUUUGGCCAGUCCGGCCACCUCAGCACCCUCCAGGGAGCGCGGCCUCCCGGCCACCGGAAACGGAAGCGCGCGACGGCUGGACCAUGGCGACGCUGUUUGACCUCCCAGACUUGGUGCUCUUGGAGAUCUUCUCUUACCUCCCUGUCCGGGACCGGAUCCGCAUCUCCAGGUGCGGCCCCGCUCCUCGGGAGAAAGAGCCGGGCAUGGGCUCGGCAGGAGAGGCGGAUCCGGUCCCAGCGGGCCGGGUCGUUCUAACGGCCGGUCCACUCCUCCAGGGUCUGUCACCGCUGGAAGAGGCUAGUGGAUGACCGGUGGCUGUGGCGACACGUCGACCUGACGCUCUACACGAUGCGGCCGAAAGUCAUGUGGCACCUCCUGCGCCGGUACAUGGCGUCCCGGCUCCACUCGUUGCGCAUGGGCGGCUACCUAUUCUCUGGCUCUCAGGCCCCACAGCUGUCCCCUGCCUUGAUGCGGGCCCUGGGCCAGAAAUGCCCCAACCUGAAGCGCCUGUGCUUGCAUGUGGCUGACCUGAGUAUGGUGCCUAUCACCAGCCUGCCUAGCACACUGAGGACCCUGGAGCUGCACAGCUGCGAAAUCUCGAUGAUCUGGUUGCAGAAAGAGCAGGACCCCACGGUGCUGCCACUGCUGGAAUGCAUCGUGCUAGACCGAGUGCCGGCCUUCCGUGAUGAGCACCUUCAGGGCCUUACCCGCUUCCGAGCCCUGCGCUCGCUGGUUCUGGGUGGCACCUACCGGGUCACUGAGACCGGGCUAGAUUCCAGCCUGCAGGAGCUGAGCUACCUGCAAAGGCUGGAGGUGCUGGGCUGCACCCUGUCAGCAGACAGCACCUUGCUGGCCAUCAGCCGCCACCUCCGAGAUGUGCGCAAGAUUCGGCUGACCGUUGGAGGCCUCUCAGCUCAGGGCCUGGUGUUCCUGGAGGGAAUGCCGGUCCUGGAGAGUUUGUGCUUCCAGGGUCCCCUUAUCACCCCAGAAAUGCCCACACCCGCUCAGAUUGUGUCCUCCUGCCUCACCAUGCCUAAGCUCAGAGUGCUUGAGGUGCAGGGGCUGGGCUGGGAGGGCCAGGAAGCAGAGAAGGUCCUGUGCAAGGGCCUGCCCCACUGCCUAGUUAUCGUCAGAGCUUGUCCCAAAGAAUCCAUGGACUGGUGGAUGUGAGGGCAUCACCCGUCCGUCUCUGGGACCUAUCCUAACAUUGAAAGUGACUUUCCAAGCAAACUGAAGCAUGUAAAUUAAUGAGGGACUGAGGUCUCAAGGAAAGGAAGCUAGGACCUUGGGGCUUCCUGAGCUGGGGUUAUCUGUAAUCUGGGUGACCUCAGACUUGUCUUACAAGAGUCUGGAAGGCCCAGUUCACACAUUUAGGAAUAGGCAUCAUAGCUACCUCAUGAUUCAUUUUUAAGUCCUUACCCUCCUUUUUCCCCCCAGUACCUGAGGAUCAAACCCAUGACCUUAGGUAUGGUAGACAAGCAGUAUUGUGCUGCUGAGCCACACUGGAGCCCUGGGAAGCCUUAACAGACCCCACAAGACCCUUAUAGAGGGUCAUUUCAGGAAUGGUCAGGUGAGGGUGAAGGGGGUUCAGGGCUCUAAGGUCUGUCUGGUUUCUCCCUUCAUGGUUGAGAGGCAUGGAGGUCGGGCAGGGGAGCCAGGUGGCUGGACUGUCCUAGUUUUCUAAAAGGUUCUCAAUCAUAUUUACUGUGUUUUAUAUCCUGCCUUUUUCAUGUUUUCUACAGCAUAUACUAUUUUACUAUUAAAGAAAAAGGAUGUUUUUCAAA